CUAAGCAAUAUGGGAACAUUUACACUGUAUGGAUCGGCACGUUUCCUAUGGUCAUUCUGUCUGAAUAUCAAGCCGUGAAAGAGGGGCUGGUCAACCAUUCAGAAGAUUUAGCUGAGCGGCCAGCAACCCCUUUCAUUGCAGAUGUAUUUCAAAAAAGAGGUGUCCUAACUUCAAAUGGCCAUAUCUGGAAGCAGCACCGACGUUUUGGACUGAUGACCAUGCGAAAGCUAGGUGUAGGGAAAAGAGUAGUUGAGAACAGAAUCCAAGAGGAGGCUCGUAACCUUGUGGAAAUCUUUGCACAAGCAAAAGAACAGCCACUAGAUCCUUCACUGCCUAUCUUAAAUGGAAUCUCCAAUGUGAUCAGAGCACUGAUUUUCGGAAACAGUCUUUUCAUUGACAAGGAACAAUUCGAGGAGGUGAUGAAAAGCAUUGACUUUGGUCAACAUUUUCUGGGCACCUUCUUUCAUAUUCUCUAUGAAAUAAGCCCCUUACUUAUGAAAUGUCUUCCAGGGCCUCAUAAGAAGGCAUUGUUCAGAAUACAGCAGUCUAAGUCAAUGCUAAUGAAGGUGGUUGAGAAGUAUAAGCAGUGUCAGCUCCAACAUGAGCCGGAGGACUUUAUUGAAUACUACCUACUUCAGAUGGAGAAAAGCAAGGGUAACGCCGGCUCUACCUAUGACGAAGAGAACUUAGUUCAGUGUAUCUUUGACUUGAUCACUGCAGGCGUCGAGACAUCUACCAAUAGUCUGCAAUGGGGUCUGCUCUUCAUGGCCCAUCAUCCAGAUAUCCAAGAGAAUGUCUACAAAGAACUAGAAGACAUUUUGGGCUCGUCUCCUUCCAUUUGCUACCAAGACUGUAAGAAGCUGCCCUACACCCAGGCUGUCAUUCAUGAGAUCCUGCGUAUACGAUAUAUCUUACCACUUGGUGUCCCUCGAAGAAGUACAAAAGAAGUGAAUAUAUGUGGUUACAACAUUCCCAAGGGGACCUUUUUCAUGGCAAACAUGCCCGCCUUGUUUCUUGAUCCCAAACGAUGGAAGACCCCGAAAGAGUUUAACCCAUCUCAUUUUUUGGAUGAAGAUGGAAAUUUUGUGCUUCGAGAAGACUUUGUGCCUUUUGGAGCAGGGGCUCGGGUGUGUCUUGGGGAACAGCUGGGGAAAAUGGAACUCUUCCUCUUCCUCACCUACCUGUUGAGAGCAUUCCAUUUCCAGCCUACCAGAGGAGUAGAAGAACUCGACAAGGAGCCUGUAUUAGGGUUCACUUUGCAUCCUGAGCCUUAUCAGAUACGUGCCUUUCCCCGCAUCAGUUCCUCCUAGCAAAAUAUUAAAAUAUUCUACAGUGUUCUCAUUGACUGUGAUCUCCCCUCCUGUGCCUUCUCCUGACACCUCAUCUUCUCAUCUUCCCUCUUGACUGGCUCACUGCUAAGAGGGCUCCAGCCUAUGAGAACGUCAGGGGAAACUGAGGCUCAGCUGAAAUGAUCCCCACCACCAUGCUCCAUCCUCAGUUGAAGGUGAAAACUUAGACCAGUUUGAGGAGGUUGGUGGUGGGAAUGGUGGGUAAUCCAUCUACUGAAUUAUUCUGCUCAUUCGCCUGGAAUUGUUGGGUUCAUCUUUGAAAUGCCUCCUCACAGAGAAUUAAUGGCAAUUUUAGUGUUCUUAUUUAAUUACCCAAAUGGCGUCCUUUUGGGAGGUGAAUUGACUCAAGUUAAAAAAUCACCACAGAUAUUAUUGGUCGUGUACUCUUGCUACAACUACAUUAUCGAAUAGUGUGGGAUUUGCUGUG